CCCAAUUUUAUAUGCAACAACCUAAAGGCUCCAUAUAUUGGCACAUGUGUGUAUAUAUAGAUGGUUACCAAUUACUCUUGCAAAGUUAUUUAAUUCUGUCUACAUCCAAAUACUCCAAUCCGGAGAGAGGUAGGAAUCCAAGACAAUCUAAUUAAGAACACCAUCAAUGGGAAGAAGUCCUUGUUGUUCAAAGGAAGGCUUGAAUAGAGGUGCUUGGACUGCUCAUGAAGACAAAAUCCUCACUGAUUACAUUAAGCUUCAUGGUGAAGGAAAAUGGAGAAACCUUCCCAAAAGAGCAGGUUUAAAAAGAUGCGGAAAAAGUUGUAGACUUAGAUGGUUGAAUUAUCUAAGACCGGAUAUCAAAAGAGGUAAUAUAUCAACUGAUGAAGAAGAACUUAUCAUCAGACUUCACAAAUUACUCGGAAACAGAUGGUCACUUAUAGCGGGACGAUUACCGGGACGAACAGACAAUGAAAUCAAGAAUUAUUGGAACACGAAUUUAGGGAAAAAAGUGAAAGAUCUGAAUCAACAAAACACCAACAAUUCUUCUCCUACUAUGAUGAUCUCUACUAAACCGAAAAACUCAAAGAUCACACAGAAACAGAACAAUCCUAAGGCAAUGAUGCAAAACUCCCAUGUUGUCCGUACAAAAGCUACAAAAUGUUCUAAGGUAUUAUUCAUAAACUCACUUCCUCACUCAUCACCAAUGCAUACUUUGCAGAACAAAGACGAGACAGAGACAGAGACAGAGACAGCAACAGAAACAAAACCAUCAAUGGCUGUCGAUGCUGUGGCGAGUGAUUCGACGAGUAACAACAGAAACGGUUUUCUGUCUUUUCCUGAUAAAGAUAAAGAACUGUCUGCAGAUUUGUUGGUUGAUUUUAACAUUGGAGAUGAUAUUUGCUUGUCCGAACUUCUGAACUCGGAUUUCUCGGCGACGUGCAGUUUCGAUUAUAACGAUCUGUUAUCGUCGCCGUGUUCGGAUCAGACUCGGAUGUUUUCUGAUGAGAUUUUGAAGAACUGGACACAAUGUAACUUUGGUGAUGAAACUAAUGUGUCUAACAAUCUUCAUUCUUUCACUUCCUUUCUUGAAUCCAGUGAGGAAAUUCUAGGAGAAUGAUAAUAGGUAGCUACAAUAAACAUUUAUUUUCUUCAAUAAAAUUAACCACUCUAGGCUUUUUUUUUGUUUAAUUUUAAUUUUAUGUUAUUGUUCUUCAAUAAAAUGAUAUAUUAUGUGGUUUAAUAUUGGUAUCUUCCGUUUCAUGUUUCUAGAAUAA